AUGGACGAAGUUGUUGAGGAUGCGAGCCCUCCGAAUGGCAACCAAUAUUGUUGCCAAAACGGCCAAAAAGGUCACCAGCAGCUUGAACAGGUCAUGGCGAAACUCUCCGAUGAGUUGAUCGCUUUGAAAGAUGAGGUACGAGACCUUUGCCACUAUAUGACCACUGCAGCAACUUCGGAUGCAAUUCUGGAGAUCAAGACUCAGCUCCAAGAACUUCUCAAUGAAACUCCUUCAUUUCCCGAUGAGCUUCUUCCUGGCGACAGUCCGACGCUCAGAUAUGUUCUGGCUGAGGAUUCAGAUGUGAGACUCAUCGAGGAGGGAGGCCUGACAAAUUCCAAGAUUUGCGAACGUCUACGGAAGCUCCCAGGUAGUCAUUGGCAGGACAUUUCUGCUGCAACGUUGCUGAAGCCAAAGGUUGCCAAUCGCAACAGCAACCGGCGCCCGUGUAUCUUGAUUGAUGUUAAAUCAUGGGAGUCUGACGAUGCAAUUCGGAAACAAUCUGCCGCGAUCGGCAAGGAAUUCGGGGUCUCGACCAACUGUUGGCUCAUCGAGCCUCGAUACACCGUCGAGGUCCGAGACAUCGGGAUUGACCAUUCAUCAAAAAGAACUACAGCCUGA